AUGCACGGUCAACCUCGCAAACCGUUGAAGCAAGAAGACGAAUCAGUUUUAUCAGCCAAAGCCGAAAAGCUUCGUGCACUUCAAUCUCAGUUCUUCGCCAAUCACCGCAAUCGCAUAUAUACACAAGAAGCGUUAGAUUUGUCCGCAAAGCUUCUUGAAGGUAAUCCAGAGUGUUACACUGCUUGGAAUUACAGAAAACUCGCUUUUCAACACAAUCUCUCUCGACCGGAUCCCGAUUAUGUCGCAUAUCUCUUCGAUCAGGAGCUUAAAUUGGUGGAGAAUGCGUUGAGGAAGAAUUGCAAGUCCUAUGGUGCUUGGUAUCAUAGAAAAUGGGUGCUCAGCAAGGGGCAUUCAUCUAUAGAUAAUGAAUUGCGCCUUCUUAAUGGUUUUCAGAAGGCCGAUUCGCGGAAUUUUCAUGCUUGGAACUAUAGAAGGUUUGUUACUUCACUCAUGAAAAGAUCAGACGAGGAUGAGCUGAUAUACACAGAGGAAGUGAUAGGGGAGAAUUUUAGUAAUUAUUCUGCAUGGCAUAAUAGAAGUGUGCUUUUAUCUAAUUUAUUUAAAAGAAAGGCCGAAGAAUUCCCCCUUGAAGAAAAAGUUUUGCAAGAGUAUGAGCAUGUCCGCAGUGCUAUUUUUACUGAUCCAGCAGAUCAGAGUGGCUGGUUUUAUCAUCUGUGGCUUAUUGAUCUAACAGUGAAAAAUUAUGCUCCUCUCCUUGUUUCAUCUUGGCCAUCUCAUGGAUCUAAUAUAACCCUAAAUGGAAACAAUUGCAUAGAUGGAUGUGGUUUGUCUCUAUUGAAUAGCACACUAUCAGACACUAGAACACUUCCAUUGGUUCUAUAUUUCAAUCAAGCUGUUGAAGGCGUCAACCUGUCUACGGUGGCUGUUAAAUCUGAACUCUUGAAGGAAGAUCUUGUUUGGAAACCACUUUUAACAAGUAACUCGAGUACUGCUCAAGUUUGGGGUGCGUACCUAAACCUUGGUAAUAUGGAGCUCGAACAAUCAAAAACUUACUCUAUAGAGAUUGCUAUUGGACAUUCUAUGGGUAUUGUAUCUUCAAAUGGAUAUCAGUAUGGGGAUCCUUCCCAAAUUGCCUUUAAAUUGUGCGUACAGACUGCUUCUACCAAACCUGUUGAAGAACAAGGUGGAAAGUUGACUUCAUGGAAGGACAAUAAUUUCCAAAAAAUUGAUCAUUUUGAAGACUCAGAUUCCAUUGUAUCUGCUGAUCCCCAUAUUCCAACAACUUCCUUUUGGUGCAUGAAGGCAAUUGAAGAAGAAAUAACUAAUUUUCAGGAUUUAUUGUCUGAAGAUGAAUGUAAAAUUGGAAAGCUUUCACUUGCUAGACUUUUGACUGCUCUUGAUUUGUUAACGCAUCAACAUGACAAAAGUAAAAACCAUACUGAAGAAGUUCUUAAACUUUACACUGAUUUGAUGGAGUUGGAUCCAACACAUUCGCUAUACUACAAGGAUGAGCAUAGUCUGGUAUUACUUCAGCAGAUAACAUCAUCUAGAGAAUCUUUACUACCAUAUUGCCACUAUUAUAAAGACGCAACAGAAGCAAAUACUAGUUAUGUCUGUCUACGAUUACAAAAUCUAUCGCUGUCACGGAUGGGGUCCAUUGAGAAUUUACUGUGGGUGCAAAUGCUAGACCUUAGCCACAACGAACUACGAUCAAUUGAAGGAUUGGAAGCCAUGCAACUUCUAUCUUCCUUAAAUCUGAGUCAUAACAAAUUUGGUAGUUUUACUGCUCUGGAGCCUCUCAGAUCACUCAAGUCACUUAAAGUGUUGGAUAUCUCUUACAAUGAGUUAGGCUCUCACUCGAUUGACACAAGAAGAUAUUUAUGCUCUUCUCCUUUAGCAAACACCGAAGCAUUUGCCUGGGACCGUUUUGAAAUCCUUUGCGGCAGUUUUAGUUCCACAAAGUUUUGGGAAGCUUUCUUGAUAUUUGAAAGCUUGAACUUGACAGAUUUGAACGUAACAGGAAAUGCAGUUGCUGAUGAGAACUUCACGUCAUUUAUCGUCAAAGUUUUGCCUACACUAAAGUGGCUAAAUAGUGAAGAGUUAUCUUGA